AUGUCCGAGAACCGCGCGGGCAACAAUGUCGGCUGGGGCAACCGGGACGACCAUGCGGCCGCCGCUGCCAACCUGUGGUGGGGCAACAGCCAGGAACAGCAGCAGCAGCAACAACAGCACAUGCAGCAGCAGCAGCAGCAACAGCAACAACAGCAGCAGCAGCACUUGCUGAACCAGCAUCACCAGCAGCAACUGGCCGCCGUGGCAGCGGCCGCGCAACAGCAACAGCAGCAGGCGGCCGCCGCGGUGUCCGCUGCUCAGCAGUUCUAUAAGAUGGCGUCGUCGUUCAGCCACCAGCAGCACCAGCAGCUGCAGCAGCAGCAACAGCAACAGCAGCUGAACAACACCGGCGGCGUGUCGACUAGCAACAGCAACAGCAACGUGUCGACGACGGUCACGAGCAGCUCCAGGAACCCGAUGGCCAACUACGCGGACAGCUACGGUAUUGCCGCCGCCGCCGCGGCUCAAUGGUGGUCGUACCCGGGAGCCAUGGACAACAACAUUCAAAACGUUCACAACGUUCCGUCGCCUAACUCGAUCAUGAACCGAGGGAAAAUGCCUAGAGGAAAAGGGACCGAUGCAAAACCUAGAGGUCGUAUGACCGCGUACGCGUUCUUCGUACAAACGUGCCGCGAAGAGCACAAAAAGAAACACCCCGACGAGAAUGUCAUUUUCGCGGAGUUCUCGAAGAAAUGCGCCGAAAGGUGGAAGACUAUGAAUGAGAAAGAAAAGAAGAGAUUCCAUGAAAUGGCUGAUAAGGACAAGUUAAGAUAUGAUACUGAAAUGCAAAGCUAUAUUCCACCAAAGGGUGAAAAAGUGCGUGGUAAGAAGAGGAAGCAAAUCAAGGAUCCUAACGCACCAAAACGCUCCUUGUCUGCUUUCUUCUGGUUCUGUAAUGAUGAACGUGGAAAAGUUAAGGCUGUGAACCCAGAAUAUGGCGUAGGUGAUGUGGCCAAAGAAUUGGGCAAAAAAUGGUCUGAUGCUGAUAUAACAGUGAAACAGAAGUACGAAGCAAUGGCAGAAAAAGAUAAAGCCAGAUAUGAAAGGGAAAUGACCGAGUACAAAAACAAGGGCAAGCCUACCUUGUUACAACAACAACAACAACAUCAAAUGUUGGUACAACAACAGCAACAAAUACUUGCACAACAACAACAACAACAGCAACAGCAACAAAUGAUGGCAGUAAAAGAUGAAAGUGACGAAGAUGAUGAUGAUGAAGACGAUGACGAGUGA